AUGGAGGCGGAGAGUGGCACGCGCGCUGUCGAGUCGGCGGCCGCCGGCAACGCGAACGACGUUCCCGUACCCUCAGACGCAAGCAAGGCAGGUCCCGACGUACGCGCGUACUACUACGCGUGCCGGCACUGUCGCCUACGUCUCUUCGACGCCGCGGAGGUGCUCACGCACGACCCGCAGAAGGGGGCGAACAAAACCUUCAAGUUCAGACGUGGCGGCCCGCUGCAGAGCGACGGCGCACUCGGCAAUGUGUCAUCAGGACCGUUAUCUCCCGCGGAGCUCUGCACCAGCCUCUUCCUGGACCCUGACCAGACGCCAUGGGUGGCAGAAGACAUCCGCGAGGCGAACUCGAGCGGAGCCGUGGUGCAGCCGGACACAAUCUACUGCCGCAACCCCCGCUGCCAUGCAAAGCUCGGGAUGCAGUCGUGGACGGGGUCGCAGUGCUCCUGCGGCGCAUGGAUCACCCCGGCCUUCCGCAUUCACACUCGCGCUGUAGACAAGAUGCUGGAUGCCACACCGACGUCAGCGACACAUGCCACCCCCUCACCGCAGUGA